CAUUAAAUAUAUUUACAUUUGAGAGAGAUAAAAACUAAAUAUUACACUAUAUAUCUCCUUUUUGAAGAUAUUUGCAUAAAUAGUAUCAAAAUGUACAGGCUACUCACAAUGGGUAUUGCUAUUUUGUAUUGGAAUUGUUCUAAGGUAACCUGUUCCACCUGCGACAGUAUCCCCUGUGGCCCCGGUGGCACUUGCACCCCAUUGCUCACGCCUCCGGGUUACAAUUGCACGUGCUUCGUUGGUUUCGUGUCGCCAAACUGCGCUGAUCGCGAUGAGUGUUCAUUGGCACAUGGCGUCUGCCACAACGGAAGCUGCGUCAACACACCAGGAAGUUACCACUGUGCAUGCAACAAAGGCUAUACCGGAAGUCACUGCAACCUUGCAACGGACGCUUGCGGGUCUUCGCCUUGCAAAAAUGGGGGCACGUGUUCGGUGACGUCAGGUGGCGGUCACGUAUGCAGGUGCUACGUGGGUUUCAACCCUUCUAUGGACUGCGAGGACAGGGACGAGUGUAACAUGGUUUCCGACCACAACCCAUGCAAUAACGGAACAUGCGUCAACACUCCAGGCAGCUUCUCUUGUUCCUGUAACGCCGGGUACCAGGGUCAGCGUUGUCGUGACGACGUCGACGAAUGUGUCAGCAAUCCCUGCCUUAACAACAACACAUGUGUCAACACUGAUGGUUCUUUCCGAUGCAAUUGCUUCAAUGGCUAUCAACCUCCGAAUUGUCAUGAUAGGGACGAGUGCGCGAUGGCGCCGACUAUCUGUAACAACGGAACGUGUGUUAAUAACCCCGGGUCCUUUUCGUGCCAAUGUAAUGCUGGAUAUACUGGUUCCCACUGCCAGAUGGACGUCAACGAAUGCGCGACUAAUCCUUGUCGUCAUGGUUCUUGUGUAAACACACAGGGAUCUUUCAAAUGUAACUGCAAUGAUGGAUUUAACGGGACUCUUUGCGACAAUGACGUCACACAAUGCUUGCCUAGUGCGUGCCUGCACGGCAGCUGUCAGCAUACGCCAGGCAUGGCGGUAUGCGUCUGCAAUCACGGAUGGGACGGCGCGCAUUGCGAUGUUGACGUCAACGAGUGUUCAUCUCAGCCGUCCGUGUGCGUCCAUGGACAGUGCAUGAACACAAAGGGGUCGUACUCGUGUCAUUGUGACAACGGUUACCAUGGAAACGCAUGUCAAAAUGACGUCAACGAAUGUGACUCUCGUCCUUGUGGAAACGGUUCAUGUAUAAACACUGCCGGUUCUUACAUUUGUAACUGUUCUUCCGGUUAUUCCGGUUCGCACUGUGAAAGUGAUACGAACGAAUGUAAUCACAAUCCUUGCAAUAGAGGUGUUUGUAUCAAUACAAUUGGGUCGUUUUACUGCGAUUGUCAUAAUGUAGCAACUGGUGAGUUUUGCGAAAACAUCAUAAAUCAGCGAGCACACAUUAUGCCGAAAACUACUCCGACAGCAGGUUCUGUUCCGACGUCAACAUCCAAGCAGCCUCCGGUCGAUUUCAUACAAGAAACCAAUAUUGGAGAUAGGUCUUCACAAAAGAAGAAUGAACAGAGCUGGGUGGCCGGUCAUGCCUGGGUGUUUGGAAUUGUCGGGGCAGUUGUCCUGCUUGUACCUAUCACCAUCUUCGCGACUGUGAAAAUAAAAAGGCGACGUCAGGCGGACGCCGUGUAUAAACAGUUCGGAAAGCCAGGAAACACCACUGCUCCCUCGGACGCCAGUACGCCCGACUCCCGCAUGGGUGUAGAAAACCAAAUGUACAUGGCUUUUAACGACGUUGCCCCGGGAAGCUCCGAGCUGUAAAAUUCCCUUAACUGCUGUGUUUGGUACUUUAAGUAGUACAAGUUACAAUAUAUUGGACAUGUUGGUUUGACAUUUAACAUAUUCCUAGCAUAGAAUUUCGGCUAAAGGGAUAUUGUUAAAACGAACCAAUCAAUGAUACUCACAAACUUAUAUUUGCGGGUGAAUUUAUAGGUAUUCGAUACACAAGUAUGUGGAAUUGGAUGCUUUGUGGAAACACACCAUUUUUUGAGAGUUUAAUUUGAUAAAAAGCAUAUCAUAACAAAUUACCGAAUAUAUAUAUAUAUAUAUAUAUAUUUUGAGAGAGAGAGAGAGAGAGAGAGAGAGAGAGAGAAUCAUUUGUUUGCUGAAUUUGAAUACAUCUCUUUCUUAAGUAUUGAUAUCUAAUAAAUAUCUAUAUGUUACAUAUCUGGGUGCUUUCUAUAAGAAUACCUAUGCUCUAGUGUUAAUAAAAUAAGCUAACAAUUA